GAAACAUAUCUUUCAGAGCCAAGGGGCAUGCACCCUCUCUAAUAAGAAAUCCCCAAAAGCUCUCUAUCAAUAAAAACAAAACAGAAACACUUUUUACUUUGGGAAAAUACAUAUAAGAAAAAAAAUACAUUAUGGCUAACAAAAUAGCCAUUGCUGGCUUAGCCUCAAUUCUUGUGGUGGCUUGUGUGGUGGCAGCAGCUGUCACAAUUUCAAAAAAUAAUAGCAGUGAUUCAUCCAGUGGUGGUGCUGGCAAUAGUCAAAUUUCAACCUCUACAAAAUCUGUGAAAGCAAUGUGCCAACCUACUGAUUACAAAGAAGCAUGUGAAAAAAGUCUUGCAUCAGCCAAGAACACUAGUGACCCAAAGGAACUUAUAAAAGUUGCAUUUGAAUCCACCAUCACUGACAUUAAAAAUGCCAUAAAGAACACUGGCUUAAUCAAGGAAGCAGCCAAAGAUCCUAGAACCAAAGAGGCUCUAAAAACUUGUGAUGGUCUUCUUGAUGUGUCUAUUGAUGAUCUAAGAAGAUCUUUUGAUAAAGUUGGCAGCUUUGAUAUUAACAAGAUCAAGGAUUACACCGAUGAUCUAAAAACAUGGAUCAGUGCUUCAAUUACUUAUCAAGAAACUUGUUUAGAUGCUUUUUCAAACACAAGUGGUGACACUGGUGAGAAAAUGAAGAAAUUAUUAAAGAGUGCAGGGGAACUCACUAGCAAUGGCCUUGCCAUGAUCACUAGCUUUGGUGACAUGCUCACCAAUUUGCAUAUCCCUGGCAUUAACCGCCGAUUAUUGACAACCGAUUAUGACUACUCAUCAUUCGUUGAAGCCGGUUCUCGUAGGCUUCUUCAAGUGUCUAAUAUCAAGCCUAAUGCUGUGGUUGCUCAGGAUGGAAGUGGACAAUACAAGACCAUCAAAGAAGCUCUUAAAGCUGUGCCCCCAAAGAACACACAAACCUAUGUUAUCUUAAUCAAGGCAGGUGAAUACAAGGAGAUGGUUGAUAUCCCAAGAGGUGUGACAAACGUGGUGUUUAUUGGUGAAGGCCCAACCAAGACCAAGAUUACUGGCAACAAGAACUUUGCUGAUGGCACUGGCACUUUCCAUACCGCCACUGUUGCUGUGAAUGGAGAUGGUUUUGUAGCGAGGGAUAUAGGAUUUGAGAACACAGCAGGAGCAAUGAAGCACCAAGCAGUUGCACUUCGUGUGUCAGCUGAUAAGACAGUGUUCUACAACUGCAACAUAGAUGGGUACCAAGACACCCUAUACACUCAUUCCUACAGACAAUUCUACAAGGACUGUACCAUCACAGGAACCAUCGACUUCAUCUUCGGCGAUGCAUCUGCGGUGUUCCAAAACUGCAAGAUGAUUGUGAGGAAACCAGGUGAUAACCAAGCUUGCAUGGUCACUGCUCAAGGUAGAAAAGAUCACCGUGGCGUUGGUGCAAUCGUAUUGCAGAACUGCGAAAUACGGGCUGAGCCAGCAUUUACUAGCACACAACCACCAAUCAAGGCAUAUCUUGGACGUCCAUGGAAGGAGUACUCAAGGACCAUUAUUAUGCAAUCUUAUAUUGAUGGGUUCAUUGAUCCUGAAGGAUGGGCUCCAUGGAAUGGUAACUUUGCUCUAAACACGUUGUUUUAUGCAGAGUAUCAAAACAAAGGACCAGGAGCAAACACUGACAAAAGGGUUAAGUGGGGUGGUUACAAGAGGAACAUUUCACCACAAGAAGCUGAAAAAUAUGCUCCUGGUUACUUCAUUGACCAAGAUAGCUGGAUUAAGAAGACUGGUAUUUCCUAUUAGGAAAUAGACAGCCUGCCUGCCUUGAUCAAACUGUAACAACUUAAGGAUGAUUAAUUCCUUUAUAAAAAUUUGAAAAUCUACAUAUAAAAAAAAAAAUAUCCAAUUAUGUUUAUUUAGUUUGCUUUUCUAGUUUUUUUUGUACCUAGCUAUGUAAUGCUUACUUUUAGUUUAUUGAUAUCUAUAUUUUAGAUUAUGCAAAAUCAAA